GGGAACCGGAGCAGGAAGGAAGACGGGCAGGCGGUGAAUGCUAACAAGCUCCGCUGUAACCAUAAAGCUCCGUAGGCUCGGGUUUGACCAAACAUAUGGGAUUGAAAAGGACCGACGAGCGCUAAUUGAGUCCUAAUAUGCGCCAGUGCCGCGUUCGCCCUGUGCGCGUGCAACAGCCUCGCGGCCGUCGGCACCUUUGAUCUGGAAAAACCGUCUUUUCUUUUUUCUCCUGCUGAGUGAAAUGUAUCGAGAUCGCACGGGAUUCACGUUCUGACAAUGGAGAUUGAAAAUAUCGUGGCCAACACGGUUCUCCUGAAGGCGAGGGAAGGUGGAGGAGGCAAGAGGAAUGGCCGCAGUAAGAAAUGGAAGGAGAUGCUUAAACUCCCGCACAUCAGUCAAUGCGAGGAGCUUCGACGAACUAUCGAGAGGGACUUCACCAGUCUAUGUGAGAAGCAGCCCAUCGGUCGGCUGCUGUUCCGUCAAUACUGUGACACCCGGCCAGAGCUGAAGCGCUGCAUCGACUUCAUGGACGCUGUGGCCAUGUACCAGCUAGCUCCCGACGAGAAGAGGAGGGACUGUGGACUGAAUGUAUUAGACACAUACUUUAAUAACGGGUCAGCGGCCCAUCUACCCGACAUUCCCCAGGACGUUAUCGCUCGGUGCCGGGAGAGGCUGGAGCAGAGUCCAUGCAAGGAGCUCUUCAACGACUGCACCAAAACAGUUCGCGAUUAUCUGAGUGGAGCUCCAUUUUCCUCCUACCAGGAGUCCAUGUACUUUUCUCGCUUCCUGCAGUGGAAAUGGUUGGAAAGGCAACCUGUAACCAAAAAUACCUUCAGACAUUACAGAGUACUAGGAAAAGGUGGAUUUGGCGAGGUUUGUGCCUGCCAAGUACGUGCCACCGGUAAGAUGUACGCCUGUAAAAAGCUGGAAAAGAAACGGGUGAAGAAGAGAAAAGGUGAAGCAAUGGCACUAAACGAAAAACGCAUAUUAGAAAAAGUUAACAGUAGUUUUGUAGUUAGUUUAGCUUAUGCCUAUGAGACCAAGGACGCGCUGUGCCUGGUCUUGACCUUAAUGAAUGGUGGUGACUUAAAGUUCCACAUCUACAACAUGGGAAACUCUGGCUUUGACGAGCAAAGGGCCCUUUUCUACGCUGCUGAGAUCUGCUGUGGCCUUGAGGAUCUGCACCGCGAGAGGAUAGUCUACAGAGAUUUGAAGCCUGAAAACAUCCUUCUGGAUGACCGUGGGCACAUUCGGAUCUCCGACUUGGGUCUUGCUGUUCAGAUCCCUGAAGGGGAGACGAUACGAGGGAGAGUGGGCACAGUUGGAUACAUGGCUCCUGAGGUGAUCCAGAACGAAAGCUACACCUUCAGCCCGGACUGGUGGGGUCUGGGCUGUCUGAUCUUCGAAAUGAUCCAGGGCCAGUCGCCUUUCCGGAAACGCAAGGAGCGAGUCAAGCGGGAGGAGGUGGACAGACGGGUGCGUGAGGACCAGGAGGAGUACUCUGAUAAGUUCUCAGAGGAUGCGAAGGACAUCUGCAGGCAGCUCCUGGCCAAGGACCCCAAGGAGAGGCUCGGCUGUCGGGGUUGCGGGGCCACUGAGGUCAAGCAGCACCCCAUCUUCAGAAACAUCAACUUCAAACGGCUGGAGGCCAACAUGCUGGACCCUCCCUUCAUACCAGAUCCUCGAGCCGUGUACUGUAAAGACGUCCUGGACAUCGAGCAGUUCUCCACUGUCAAAGGCGUGAACCUUGACCCCACAGAUGACGACUUCUACUCAAAGUUUGUCACAGGCAGUGUCUCCAUCCCGUGGCAGAACGAGAUGAUUGAGAUGGAGUGCUUCAAAGAAAUCAACAUCUAUGAGACCGACGGGAUGCUGUGCCCAGACCUGGACAUGAACCGGCCCAACCCUCCACCGAAGCGGGGCUUCUUCUACCGCCUGUUCAGAAGAGAGGCAAGUGCUAGCGCUCCGGCGACUGUCCGAGGGGGUGGGGGCUAAGGUCUGUCUGAAGAGCGGUUACAGUGACGACGAGACAGAAGAGCCCUCACGACUUUAAACCACUCCGUCCCUCCGCCGCAGAGCUUCACCACAAUCUCCAACCAAGCGCGAGAAUCUUAGGAACUCAGUGAAUGUCGACCUGUAUUUAUGAGCUGUAUUAAAAGUGUAUUAUAGCUAAAGAAAAAAGUAUGACUUUAAAGAUUUUGUACAUUUGUACUUGAAUUUAUGUCUAGAUGUAUAUUUUCACUAAGGGUUGUAUUGUACAAAAAGCCAUAAAAGUACCACUUGAAUGCAUACAUUACCUUAAUUUCUUUUGAUUUUGUUUUUUAUUAUUAUUUGGAAUGAGUAUGAAUAAUGUUCAUUAGGCGGUUUCUUUCAAGAAGCACAUUUUAGUUUCAUUAGUCUUUUAUUUUUCACAAUGUAGCAUCAGGCCUUUUUUUUCUUUCAUUUUUUUAUAUGUGCCGUGUUUGUCCUUAACUUGAUCUUUGUUAGCCCAUUAGCUCCACUUUAUACCAAACUAACUUUUAGUCGCUAAACGCCUGAAAUCGUAGGGAUACAGUUGGAACUUAAUCCAGGUUUUCAUCACUAUUAGAGCUGUGAUGCUUGAACUUUUCCCGGGAGUGGAAUAGCUGCAGCAGGGAGUCUUUUUAAACCAUGCCUACAAUCCGUAUGACCGGAUAGGAUGAACUGGAUGUGUGUGUCCGGGGACUAGUUUGCGGUGCGUGUUCCAAGUCAUUUUAAGAUCCCAUGUAUUUAUUUUUGGGAAUCUGUGCAGCAGCUCAGUAUUAAUAAAACACAGAGCAAACACUGAAAUCCACAAUUAAUGCUGGAAUUUCAAAUAAAUCUUCCCUAAGCUCCAGCAGGUUCAAAUCGUAAAAUUUGUGAUGCCCAACUGUUUCCAACGAGAACACACCUGCUAGUUGCAUAUCUGUUACAAUUUUUGCUCAAGCUGAUUAUUUUAUAGUGAUUUAUGCUUUCCCCCUUUUUAAUUCAGUACUGCGCUUUCACGUGCUGCUUUGUUGUUAGGCUGAAGCAAAGUAGAAACAUUUUUCCUUGAAAGCUAAAUAAUUCGCUACCCUUGUUUUUGGAAUACAAGAAAAAACAAUUUGUUCUGCUGAUAAGAGUUGCAUUUAGAGCUCAAAGAACGAUUUUGAAUAAAAGUAACUUUGAUAAGUCAUCGCUUUUUGUGUUAGAGCGCAAUACUUCAAAAAGAAUUCACCACCUUCAGACUCAGUAAAUCUCUGCAUACAUUCUUCCCUCAAUCACAUGAAGUCUGCUAGUGAAAUAUCCUGAAAAACUUUUCCAUAUUAUGAUUUUUCCACUUUUAAACUUUUGGUGAGAAGUUUUUGAGACGUUGUGCGGUGUCAUUUUUCCUUCAGUUAAAUUUUGGUCUUAUGUCUUCAGACUCUAUUCUCCCAAUAUUUUACUGGCUUAUCCAAAUGUUCAACAAAAAACUUUAGGCUAGCUUAAAUGUGCUUUUUCUUCUGUGGCAUAAUGCGUGCUACCAAGUUACAUUACUUAUUGUUUUAUUAGAAAAAGAGUACCUGCCCAUUCCAGGUCUUUUGGAAACGCUCUAUAAAUAGGCCUGGACUCUCGGACCACUUUCUGGUUAUUCCUUUGACUCCGCUGUCUGAAAUCUCGUGGAAUGCGCCUAGUCGUGACUAGUUUAUAGUAAAAAUGUGUUGUUUCCACUACCGGGAAAAAAAAAGUUGAUGUAUUCAGUACUUAUUUACUACAAUUGCGAUGAGCAGGUUUAAAGAUGAUUUUUCUACAUUUCUCUCUUACUGUUGAAGAAGUGUUUUUUCCUCGUAAACCAUCAAAAAAUUUCUUCCCGGUACUUUUUCUUUUAUGUUCAUUUCUAGAUUUUGCUGUAGAAGCAGAUGCCGUUUAGCCCCGCCCCAUCACAUUUUAAUGCUGUGAAUACCCCCACUUCAGCAUGAUGGCUGCACAUUUGUGUAUAUUUCACCGUUCGAUGACGCAGCUUUGCUCCACUUUGUGAAUUAGACUUCAUUAGCUCUACUUUUGUACAGUUCAGCAACUUUAAAGAGAAAUUCAAUUCACAUGAAAGCAGUCUGUAAUUAUUCAUUGCAGUUUUUAAAAAUAUUUGAACUUGAACAUCUCCCAGAUACAUUCAGACUUUGAGGCUGCAUACGUUUGAUGAGGUGUGCAUUGAGUUCCCAGUCUAUUAAACCGAUGUGUUCUGAAAUUUUUCUUUUGUCCAGAAAUCACAUCUAGUAGUUUCUCAUUUAUUUGAUUCUUGAAUUUGUCUUUGUUGUCCUUUUAAAAAGAAAUCUAUAAUUUGCUUUGCUCUCAGGCAGACUUUGAAGCUGGUUUCAUUCAUAUAGAUUUUAGCCUCAAAGCAAACUUGUAAAUUCUGUAUUUCUAACAUGUAACUAAAAAUCCAAGGUGAAAACUUAACUGCGUCCAUCACCCAUGCCUGUAUCUUUGUUUGUAAGGUAUUUCAUAUCAAUCCACAUAGGAGUGAAGAUGUUCUAUCAGAUCCAUUGCACUGUAUAUGUUUUGACAAUGACUUUGAGAAGUGUCUUUUAACUGUUCAGACAAUGAUACCAAAAGCAACCUUCUCCAGAUUAAAACAUUUUCCUUUUCAAGAAGAAUUUACUCAAGAAAAAACCAACAGCCUUUAUUAAAUGUGCCAAUUACCAAUUUAGUUUCUGACAUCCUGCCUUCAUAUUUUUUUUUACCUCAUUUACUUCCCAUCCACUGAAAUUUCUUCAUAUACAUAUAGAAAAGAAAAAACGUAAAAACUUAAAUCAGCUCAACUGUUUUGAAUGUCCGCACUAAGUGCAUUGUAAUGCCUGUUUUAAAAAAACAAAAACAAAACAAAAAGACAUGUUUUAUUACUCAAGCAUGUAUCAAUUUGUAAUACUUCAGGAUCCUUGUGUAUGUAAGUGAUGACCUUCUUGUGCCAACAUGUGUCGCUGGUUAUCGGAGGACGACUUUGUGAAUGGCCGGGAGUGACCAGCGGAGCUGGCCUGUUGGAUAACAAAUGUUCCUGGUUUGUUCCUGCCUUUCUGUCGGAGCGUUGAUGGCGAGUCGAAACUGGGAUGAGGCUCGCCAGCAAGCACCUACAAAGUGGAAUAUCACUUGAAUUAGUUUAUAGGUAAUGCACCUGUACAAAUUCAGAUCUUCUGCAGUUUUAUUUCUGUAGUAGGGGAAAAAGGAAACGUGGAAUAUUUACAGCAAAAGGAGGAUGAACAAAUGGAUUUUUGGUAUUCAAACAGGGAGAUGAUUUUUUAUUUUAUUUUUUUCCUGUUCAGUCUGUACAGUCAUGUUAUUCAACCACUGCAGUCAUUGUUAAUUCUUGUACAAGUUAUAUCACUGGUUGUUGUACCAUAUCUGACAUUUGUAAUUAUGAAAUAAUACACUGCCAUUUGUAUUAAAAGAGGUGUCUUAACUUGU